AUGCUGACCCCGGUGCCUGUGCGUGCCUGGAGCCAGGGGUGGGCCGUGCGCUGGAUCAACACUGUGGUAAGGUGGCCUCGCGCCGUCACCUUGGUGCCGGUGGUAAUCGUGUUUUUAUUGGCCUACCCGGUGAUCUACCAGCACUUGAUCAAGGAGGUGAACCUGCUGCUUGCCCGGCGCUUCGGCGGGUGCUCACCAACCCCAAUCGAGGCGCUAGCGCCGGUAUGUGCCCGCGACACCACCACGGACACCCUCUACCACCUCCAGUACAAGGCUGCCAAUGUGCUCACCCUGCUGCUACUAGACCACGUCGACAAUUUAACGCUACGCCCCCCGUCUGAGUGGGGGGCUGCCGCCAUCGUGCUGCCAGUGCUCGGUACCUCCCACCAACUCAAACUGGCGUCGCUGGUGCUCAAACACAUCAACUACAACUUGCUGCCGCUGCUAGUGGCGAUGUUCUUCGAUAACGUCAACCUCACCAACUAUAUGGUCACUGCUGCCCGCACCUUGAACGUGUUUGUCCUCAGCAGCAACGCCAACCUCAACGAAACCAUUGCUAGUCUACCCGGCCCGGUGCUGCUAGUGGGCCUGACCACUUCCUCCACUGAUAUCGCCAAGUUUGUUGGCUUUUACUGUUCGCAGAUGGGCUACCCUACGUGGUACAACCUCGCGGUGCGGGCCCUCACCUGGCUUGUUCGCGUGCUGCUUGUCGGCUACUACCUCUACAUCUACCUUUCGCUUGCCAACCAGCACCACGUCCACCUGAUUGUGUCGGUUAUGGUAUGCUGGGUGGCGCAAACGGUGCUUGCGGCGACGCUGGCCAUCACCCUAGAGGUGCUUUUGCGCCGCGAGCCGGGGUGGCAACACAUAUUCUCCCCACUGAUCCGGUUUUCACACACCGCCUAUGCAUUGAUGGUGACGGUGAUGCUGCUGCGAUCGUUCUUCGCCGCUAUCGACCUGGUGGUGCUGAGCCAGGGGAUGCCUCUUCACCGGCGCCUUUACCGCUACUACACGCUGGCAACUCCCAUGAUAACCACCGCCAGACAGUUACUCCAAAUUGCCGGUAUUUAUGGGCUUGGCCGCUUACUCCUUGCUGGCUACAUCUCCCCCGAGUACUACCCGUACACCACCGCGCGCUUUGAACGCGUCGCCGAGGCCCUCAUGCUCGCCAUCAUCAUCAACUAUGGACUUCUGGUGACGUUCAUGAUUGGCGUGCUUGUGGUCGACUCGUGGAAGGCGCAGCUGCUGCAACAGGAAGCUGAGCUCAAUCGCUCCUACAUCGCCGACGAUAUCGACGAUGAUGACGAUACAACCACCAAUGGACCGCAACGUGAAGACAUCAUGGACCUGACCAACGUCGUCCUGUGCUUCUUCCUCACCCGCAACCCGAGGUUGCUGCAGUGGCUUUUGAAGAUUGGCUACACCGACGACGAGCUUGUAAAACUGGCUGUGGUGGCGGUGGUAUUCAAAGUGAUCUUCUUGACGUGGCUCGUGUACAUCCGCGUCCCCUUAGCCAAUGUGGGGCCGGCCACCGUCACCGUACUGCGUCGCACCAUCUUGUAUUACCUUGAAUUGGCGCUGGUGCUUACACUUAUGGUGGCGCUCCUGUUAAUUAUGUUCAGACUCGUACUCCCUGAGACUGACCCCGACAUUCCGUUGCUUACUCCAGCCGAUUUUGCCCCCGAAAAGAAGCGGUUCAACCUGAUCGAGCUCCGCCAGCCCGCCCACACGUUGGACAUCAUCCAGCUCAAAACCAAUCUGCAUACGCUGUUUGUGGUGUCGGUGGGGCUCGACCAUCGCAUCUUCAUCUGGCUGCCGCUAGCGGCUAACACCGACCCCGUCAACAUCGCCACCACCAUCGGCGCCCCGCUCACGGGAGACCUGGCGUCGCAACUGCCCCAGCUCAUUGUCGAAGGCGACGAGCUGCUGCUGCUGCUGCUGCCACUGCUGCCGCUGGCGGUGUUUGACCCCACCGUGCCGCCCAAACUGACGCCGUUCUGGCCCAUCAAUCAUGUCAAUAUCAGUGACGAUGGCAAUUACAUUGUCCUCAUUAACUACCGCUAUGGCCUCAUCAAGUGCUACGAGCGCAAACAGCUUGCCUACAUUUGGGAGAUUCCGUUGCCUCAAGGGAUUUGCCGCCAGGGUAAAGUCCGCAUCGUCGAGCUGUUCUUCCGCCGCAAAACGGUCCCCGGGUUCCUUGCACGCAAGAUUCUACAGAAGAAGAAGCUGAUGCGCCAGGCUCAGGGAGCACUGGGUUCGCUGCUGCUGGCGCUGCUGCGGCGAGGGCUGGCGGUGCUGUUGACCUCGUUGAACCUGGCGAUCAACGGCAACUUCCCCGUCACUGCUGACGACGACUUGCGCGAGCUUCAGAAGGAUGAGUUCAUUAUCGUUUUCGAUACUGGUCAGCUUGUUGUCAUCCUGUGUCUGGAAGGGCUGAUGAAGCAGCUGAACAUCUUGCUGCUGGUGUUUGCCGACGACGACCAAAGCGACCUCAAAAUCGUGUCUGCUAAGAAGAUGAUGACUCCUAGAGUUACUGACCGCAUUGUCUGCCAAGUGAGCUCGAUGCCCGACCUUAUUGUGGCCACGGUGGUCAACAACAACUGGAAGUUCCGCCGCGUUCCCGUCCGAGGAGGCCACUACAACCAAGCCUUAAUCACCACGGGGUACAUGCUGCCGAUGACGCCGCUGCCACUGGUGCUGGCGGUGAACAAGAACGACUUCACUGCCAUUGCUCGACUGGAACUGGCAUCGUCUACUCUCCCGAGUAAGCGUUUGGGGUCGCUGACCCCAUUGGUGGUGCGAGACCUGGCGGUACAGAUUAAUCGCCCCACCAUCGUCACCGUCGAGUUUGUUGGUAUGAUUGUGCGAGUGAAAAACAUGACGGCCGAGAUCAUCGAUGUCCAGACGGGGAUCAUCCUUAAGACGUUUAACGUUGGUAGAUUCAAGCCUCUGCUGUUCCGUGUCGCCCACUCCGAGCCUACGCACUGUAAGUUCUGUGGGUGCGCCCUGAUCCAGCUGUUUUCAAUUGUCUAUGAGGACCACGACACUCCCAUGAUCAUCUUGCACACGUUUACCAUCGACAUUCCCCGGCUGAAGAACUACAUCUGUUUGCGGGUGGAGCGUGACCCGCGUGAGAUCCGGUGCAUCGGUUUUAACGCCGUCACUGAGCACCAGUACUGGUUUGACGAUGUUGUGGGUUGGGAGCUCACCGACGUCAACAUGAUCAUCGGUUUCCGUAAGCUGAAGCCCACUCUGCCGGCCACUAAUACGUCUAAGACUUCCGGGAAGGCUCUGGCGUUUGAGCGGCUCAUCCACGACACUAGUCUCCAGCUGUUGCGCCACCGUCGCCAACCCGCUACUAGUGCUUCCACCACUGAAGCUGACGCCCAGGGGUGCACGUGGGAAGGUUUCAUCAUCACUGCCCUGGAUGGCAACUUGAUCAACUACGACAUCCCGCCAGACACGGCGCUAGCGCUGACGCGGGCCCCGGACAUCUGCUGCAUUAGCAAAUACGGGUACAAGUCGGUGAUCGUCAACGUCGGCGCCGGGCUCCAGAUCUUGUAUUUGGGUAACGACAAGCUUGUCGAGGACGACAUCUACUACCUGGGUAACCAGGCGGAUGUGUGGCUGAUCUUGGAGGACCAAGCGCUGAAGGGUCCCGCCCAGUCGCUGCCGCUCUACGCCCGCCCCCGCCCCAAUCAAACCAUCAACUCUGAGCUUUUGUUCAUCAACAAGCGCGCCCGUAAUCGCGAUAAGCACCGCGCGCUUGCUUAA